AUGAAUAAUUUGUCAUCAUUUAUACUAUUAAUUCUAUUAAUUCUAUUAUUUUGUUUCAAAUCACUUGAAAUUAGUGACAAAAAUUUAAUUGAUUCUUUAAAUAUAGAGAAUGUUCCAGUACCAGUAGCUUUAAAUGAUGAGGAAGAUAAACAUAUUAUAGAAAAAAGACAACGUAGUAGAAGACAAAGACAAAGACAAAGAAGAGCAAGAAGACAAAGAAGACAACUUGCUACUUCUAUAAAUAAUAUAAAUGUACAAUUAACGGCAUUAGGCCAACAAUUAAGUAGUCUUCAAGCUCAAGUAUCAAAUUUGGCUACUACAACUACAACAACAAUGGCACCAGCAGGAGGAGGAGGAGGACGUUAA